CAGUAGCUGCCCUGCAGACAGACUGUGGCUCAUUGGGAUAUACAGCACCAGGGACAGCACACCGAACCCCUCUUGUUUUGGACCUAAAGCAUGCUGAUUUAGCUGCAGAAGAUGGACCUACGUGUAACCAGCGUUAUCCUUCUCCUGCUGGCCUUGGCCGAGGGACACGGAGAAAGAUACAUCAGCAGGAGAGCCAAGCCUCACAAUACAAAGGGCCAAGAUUAUAACACCAAGGGCCAAGAUUACAACACCAAGGGCCAAGAGUACAACACCAAGGGCCAAGAGCACAACACCAAGGGCCAAGGGUACAACACCAAGGGCCAAGAGCACAACACCAAGGGCCAAGGGUACAACACCAAGGGCCAAGAGUACAACACCAAGGGCCAAGAGUACAACACCAAGGGCCAAACUGUGCAAGUACCAGGGGCACAAGGCCCCCCAGGUGAACCAGGACACCAGGGACCCCCUGGCCCUCCUGGGCCCCCAGGACAGAGUGGCUAUGGACGUCCAGGACCUCAAGGCGAACAAGGACCACCUGGACCACCUGGUUAUUCCUCACCCGGCAAACCAGGGAGCCCAGGUGGACCAGGGAAAGGUGGUGCAAUGGGCCCGUCUGGCCACAGGGGCGAGUCGGGUGCACCUGGACCUCAGGGACCCAGGGGUAUGCCAGGCUCCAAUGGGAGCCCUGGACCAGCAGGUUUCUCCGCUCCUGGCAAACCUGGACCUCAUGGCUUGCCGGGGGCAAUGGGGCCUAGAGGUGAGCCAGGUCAGAAGGGACCCUCUGGUAUGCCUGGUCAGCCAGGUUCAAAGGGAGAAAGGGGAUAUGGCAUUCCUGGAGCACCAGGUGAAAGAGGUACCGUUGGGCCAAUGGGUGCUACUGGGCAACCCGGCCAGCCAGGAAUUGGGAAGCCAGGUCCCGCCGGAUACCCGGGGGAGCCUGGGAAAUCCGGUGGACCAGGCCGUGAUGGGGCUCCUGGACCCAUGGGAAUUCCUGGGCAAAAGGGUGCAUCCGGGCCUCCAGGAAUGGGAAUGCCUGGGAAACCAGGUUCUAAUGGUGCUCCAGGAAUGCCUGGACCUUCUGGACACAAAGGUCUUCCUGGACCAUCUGGCAUACCUGGAGCACCUGGCUUACCAGGUAGUGGAAAACCAGGCCCAUCUGGAAUUCGUGGGGAUAGAGGAGUUCCAGGUACCCCUGGUACUCUGGGUCAGAAGGGAGAACCAGGACCCACAGGUCACACUGGGCAUACAGGUCCUAUUGGCCCUCUGGGUCCAGCUGGCCCUCAGGGUGCAAGAGGGUUUCAGGGUGAGCCAGGAACGCAAGGACCCAAAGGUGAAACGGGUCCAAUGGGACCAUAUGGAGCUAAGGGAACAAAGGGUGAUCAGGGAGCACAAGGGUAUUCUGGAAAACCUGGCAACUCAGGGCCAGUAGGCCCAGUGGGCCCAAGGGGAGCUACUGGACCUCAAGGUGAUAAAGGUGAGGGUGGCCGCCAAGGUGCACCUGGUAGUACCGGUGGCCCUGGACCAGCAGGGGCUAAAGGUCACCCAGGGCGCCCAGGAGAACCUGGGCAAAGGGGGGAUAAUGGAUUCCCUGGGCCAAGAGGACCCAGUGGGGCAACAGGUCCAGCAGGACUACCUGGUGGAAAAGGUAACACAGGUGCUCCUGGGCCUCCUGGCCCAUCAGGCGUGAUAGGUAAAGGAAUUUCUGGGCCCCAUGGUCCAGUCGGAGCUCCCGGACCCAGAGGGCAUGAUGGUGUUCCGGGGCCAGUUGGACCUCCUGGCCCACCCGGUCCUCCCGGUGAGAUCGUUUACGAGAAAAGCAUGCCACAAUUUAAAUCACAUGGGCAUGAGAUAAUGAUGUCCGCUGAGCUAGUCAAAGCACCCGUUUCUGCCUUCACUGCCGUGCUGACUAGGGCUUAUCCACAGUCAGGAGAACCCAUUCCCUUUGACCAGAUAGUGUACAAUGCAGAGCAACACUAUGACCCCUCCAGUGGAAUUUUUACAUGCCAAAUCCCUGGAAUCUACUACUUUGCCUAUCAUAUGCAUGUCAACGGGGCCAACGCCUUAGUGGCAUUGUACAAAAACAGUGAGCCAGUUGUGUUCACCUAUGAUGAGUACAACAAAGGUUUCCUGGACCAGAUGUCUGGCAGUGCCGUCCUUCAACUGAAUGAGCAUGACACGGUUUAUAUUCAGGUGCCCGAUGAUGAAGCCAAUGGCAUCUUCGCUGCUGAUAAUGUCCACUGCUCCUUCACUGGCUUCCUGAUUGCCUCAACGUGAUAUGACUGUCACUAAACCACCUCACAACAAUCCACAAACCUUCAUCUCCCUGAUUUACUACCCUGCCACCAUAGAUAGUAUGUUAUUACUAUUUUUACAGCCAUAAAAAAUAAUAACAGAUUGGAGUCAUCUUAACUGAAUAUGCAAGUAUUGGAAGUUGGUAAAAUUGAAAUAAUUUCAUGAAUGGAUAAGAAUGUUUUAAAGGAUUUAAAAUAAAACAUUUUGAAAAGAUGGUGACAAAAGUCAGAUAAUGGAGAUGUUCAGUUACACAUUUAAUUGAAAGUCACUUUUAUCCUUGUUGUAUGUUUCUGAAUAUUCAGUUAAGAAAACUCCAAGAAAUACAUAAAUAAAAAAGUAGCUUAAACACACAAAACAUGGUGCUCUUUUUCAGCUUGUAAUGUUUACAGAAGUUAAGUUGUGUUUAAGUCUGUCUUUGAAAAUGUGCUACAAAUGCAGUUAUUGAAUAAUCAGUAUGAAAAAAUGCUUGUUUUUGUACACAAUGUUGUAACUGUAACUUCUUUGAAAAUUAACAUAAUUAAUAUGAACCUGAAAUAAGUGACUGAAGAAAUGCAAAAUGCAGGAAUCAAAUUGGCCAUUUAAAUCAGACUUGUUGACAGCAAUGUUAUAUCCCUCAAGAUGCAAUAUGCUCUGUACAACAUACUGUCUGAAAUAAAACAAUAUGUCUUAAUUCCAAA